CGCUUCUUGGGCCGAGCCCUAGCUAGUCCGCCCGGAUCGCCACCACCCUAUAUUAUUUCUUGGCAUGGGUGAACCAAACGACAAUGACAAUGCAAUGCUGCAUGAUGGUGAGAUGAUUAUCGGCAAUGAGAUGAUCCAUGACAGCGAAAUGGUUCAUUCUAGUGAGAUGAUACAUGGUGACGAUAUGAUUCAAGAGACGAAGAUGGUUCAUGGUGACGAGGUCAUUCAAGGGAGUGGGCUGGUCAAUGACGAGACGAUCAACGGCGAUGAGAUGGUCCACGGUAGUGAGAUAAUCCAUGGCAAUCAUAUUAUUCAAGUCAACAAUGAGAUGGUUCAAGUUAACGGCAUGGCCAAUGGCGAUGAGAUGGCCCAUGGUAAUGAGUUGGUCAGUGCUGAUAUGAGCCAACCAAACUCAAGACGCCGGAAAAAGAAGUCACCAGUCUGGGAGCACUUCACCAUUGAACCUGUGCCUGGGGAUAUACAAUGCCAACGUGCAUGCUGCAACCUAUGCAAGGGAACCUUUGCGUACAGUACUGGCGCGAAAAUUGCAGGUACUAGCCAUCUCAAAAGGCACAUCACGCAUGGUUCGUGUCCAGUUAUCAAAAACCAAGAUAAGAAGGUGGCAUUGUCUUCAGCAGGAGUCACUGACAAUGAUUGUGAGGGUACCAUAGGACGUCCUUCUAAGAGGCGUUACAGAUACAGUGGCUUUGCAAAUGCUACAUUCGAUCAAGACCGUAGCAGCUUUUAUGUGGCGAAGCUCAUCAUUUUACAAGACUACCGACUUGAUAUUGUUCAGCAGCCAGCCUUCACUGCUUUUAUUGAGAGUCUCCAGCCGCGUUUCAGGGUUGCAGAUGUUGAAACAAUGGAGGGAGAGGUAUAUGCUGUUUAUCAGAAAGAAAAAGAUAACCUGUUGCAAACAUUCAGCACUUUGCCAGGAAGGGUGAGCCUCACCAUAGGAUUGUGGACAACUAGUCAGACUCUUGGCUAUGUUUCACUUGCAGCACAGUUUAUCGACACGGAGUGGAAAGUGCAUCGUAGAAUGCUUAACUUCACGAUGGUGCCUUCUCCUCAUCCGCAGAAUGCAGUUACUGAUGCUAUCAGCAGAUGCCUUCCUGACUGGGGUAUGAAGGACAAGCUAUUCACCAUCACAUUGGAAAAUGAUUGCUCAUCUCAUGAUAUCUACAGUGCUAACCUGAGGGAUCAACUCUCCAGUAGGAACGACGUCAUGCUUAAGGGCCAGCUAUUUGUUGUGAGGUGCUAUGCCCGUAUCUUGAAUGCAGCUGCACAGGAUGUCAUUGCUUACAUCCAUGGUGUCAUUUACAGUAUCCGUGAAAGCAUAAAGUUUAUAAAAGCUUCUAAUAGUCGUGAGGAAAAGUUUGCCGAGAUCGCUCUGCAGCUGGAGAUCCCCAGUACCAAGACCCUUUGCCUGGAUGUUACAACCCAGUGGAACACCACAUAUCUGAUGCUCUUGGCAGCCUUGGAUUAUAAGCAGGCUUUCACUACACUAGAAACAUGCGAUGAUAACUACAAUGAAGCACCUUCAGCUGAGGACUGGAAAAGAGUUGAGGCUGCCAGCAAUCAUUUGAAGCUGCUCUAUGACUCGGCUCAUAGCAUCAUGUCAGUAGAAAACCCAACUUCAGACAUCUUUUUCCAUGAAGCUUGGAAACUUCAUUUAGAGCUGGCAAAUGCCACAGCUCAUGAAGAUCCAGAUGUCAGUAGCAUUGCUAAAGAUAUGCACGAGACUUUUGACAAGUACUGGAAAGAUUGCAACCUCGUAUUAGCUAUUGCUGUGGUGAUGGAUCCACGUUUUAAGAUGAAGCUUGUUGAGUUCAGUUACUCAAAAAUCUAUGGCAUUGAUGCAGCGAAGUAUGUUAAGGUGGUAAAUGAUUCAGUGCAUGAGCUUUAUAAGGAGUAUGUAGCACAGCCGCUCCCCUUAACACCAGCCUAUGUUGAACAACCUGCAGCCAAUGGGACCAAAACUCAAGCAGCUCCACCUUCCACCGGUGAUGGCCUUGUAGACUUUGACAUGUAUCUCUCUGAGAUUGCGACAGUCCAGCCCUCAAAGUCUGAAUUAGAGCAGUACCUGGACGAAACCCUCACCCCUCGUACCCAAGAGUUUGACAUCCUGGAAUGGUGGAAGCUUAACACGAUCAGGUUUCCGACACUCUCGAAGAUGGCACGGGAUGUGCUGGCGAUCCCAGUGUCCACGGUGACUGCUGGUAGCUCUAUAUUUUCUGCAGGAACAGGAAGCCGCAUGCUCGAUGAAUAUAGAAGCUCGCUUCGUCCGGAGAUCGUGGAGGCACUUGUUUGUGCGAAAGACUGGCUCCCACAUUCACCAACUGCCUCACCAAGUUGUGCGCUGGUGAAGCUGCAGUAGGUCUUGUUGAAGAUGCAUUCGUUAUAUAGCUAUAGGCGUAUUUUUUAGGCAAAGUUCGUGAGCUGGAUGUGUG